GUUUUGAGGUCGCAGUGCUGUUUUUAGCACGGCAAAAGUCGACGUGCGAGACUUGCACCGCUCAGGCGCUCAGGCAUCCACGGCGCAGCCUCAAAAACCCAUUCCCAGAAUUUUAUUCCAGCUCUCUUCAAUCACAACUUCUCAACGACCUCUCCUAAACCAACUCCCCUCCAUCCUUUGACAGUCAGUCGUACAUCGCCAAAAUGAGCGGCCAAGCACCAAAGAAAGAGUCCGUCAUGGGCGUGUAAGUAUAUCCCAAAAUUUCAUUCCGAUCCUGAUCCUCCCACCAUCGCACCCGUCACCAUCGCGGCCAGCUGGCAUCAACAAGACUUCGCCUUCGCAAGCAUCGAGCAUCGACACAAUAUCAAUGACCUCCUCUCGGUUGCAUUGAGAUGCGCUCUGGGCUUGGUUUGCAGGUCGCCAACGUCGUUGACGCUCAAUGGCGCCGCCAUGGAAAAAUUCCCUCAUCACAGUAUGUUAUCAAAGAACCUUCAGCUGACCCAAUUCUGACAGCCCACCUUUCGUUAUCGAUUUCUUGAGUAUGUCUCCCAUAGUCUCUGCCAUUGAGAUAGUUCCUACCCUCGACAGCCAAGGCGGCCGCCAUAUCGGGCGCGUAUUUGGUGGACACAUAAGAGCAAAGGCUAACGUGCGAUAACAGUGGGUGGUGUGUCUGCCGCAGUCUCGAAGACCGCAGCUGCUCCUAUCGAGCGUGUCAAGCUUUUGAUCCAAAACCAAGUACGUUAUAUCCACCCACUCUCUUUUCACUAUCCUCGUCCAAAUCUUUACAUGAUAUCCAAAUUUGGCCCACCUUCCCCAUUCGGCAAUUUUGAUCGACACCUUCGCACCUGUUCAUCAAACAUCAUCAAUUUGGUUUCCUCAAAAGCCUUAUCGUGAUGUUGUGAUCAAAGUCUAACAAUCUCUUAGGAUGAGAUGUUGAAGUCUGGCCGUCUCGACCGAAAGUUCAACGGCAUCUCCGACUGCUUCUCAAGAACCAUCAAGAACGAGGGUAUCGUCUCACUGUGGAGAGGAAACACCGCCAACGUUAUCCGUUACUUCCCAACACAAGCCUUGAACUUUGCUUUCCGUGAUACCUACAAGAGCAUGUUCGCUUUCAAGAAGAACGAGGGUUACGCCAAGUGGAUGGCUGGUAACUUGGCCUCCGGAGGAGUAAGUCUACAUAACCAUCAGUACUCUUAAAUCAAUACUAACCUGUUGCAGGCUGCUGGUGCCACUUCCCUCCUCUUCGUCUACUCCCUCGAUUACGCCCGUACCCGUCUUGCCAACGACGCCAAGGGAAAGGGAGGAUCUGCUCGUCAAUUCAACGGUUUGAUCGAUGUCUACAAGAAAACUUUGGCCACUGAUGGUAUUGCCGGUCUUUACCGUGGAUUCGGUCCUUCCGUCUUCGGUAUCGUCGUUUACCGUGGUCUCUACUUCGGAAUGUACGAUUCUCUCAAGCCUGUCCUCCUUGUUGGUCCUCUUGAGGGUAACUUCUUGGCCUCCUUCGCUCUCGGAUGGGGUGUCACCACUGGUGCUGGUAUCGCAUCAUACCCAUUGGACACCAUCCGUCGUCGUAUGAUGAUGACCUCUGGUGAGGCCGUCAAGUACAAGUCAUCUCUCGAUGCUGGUCGCCAAAUCGUCGCCAAGGAGGGUGUUAAGUCUCUCUUCAAGGGUGCUGGUGCCAACAUUCUCCGUGGUGUCGCCGGUGCUGGUGUCUUGUCCAUCUACGAUCAACUCCAGGUCUUGAUGUUCGGAAAGGCAUUCAAGUAA